UUCUUUGGCGAGGUGGAUCCUGUGCUGAUGAUCAAUCUGGUCAACACCUCCCUGUACUCCUACAACAAGACCUAUGACUACCAGUCUGUCUGCGACCCAGAGAAAGACAGCAAAGCUGCAGCAGGACCGCGCUCCAUCUAUGUGCCUACCAUUGCAGACCUGCUCAGUAUUGGCUGGUGGGCCUCGAGUGCUGCCUGGUCGAUACUCCAGCAGCUCUUUUUUGGUCUCAUGUUCCCCGACCUUCUAGAAGCAGUGGAGUCAGCAGAUGAUGACAUACCAGAUGCCAUGUUUAAAGAAAGCUGCAUCACAGAGCAGACUCAAUACUUCUUUGACAAUGAUGAAAGAUCCUACUCAGGUGUCCUAGACUGCGGAAACUGUUCCAGGAUGUAUCGUGCCGAGAAGCUGCCAAACACCAACCUAGUGUUCCUGAUCACUGAUGCCAAGGCGACAUGUUUGUCAUGUGACCCCAGACCGCUACGACAGGCUGAACAACCCUCUGAAGGUCCAGAUCCAUGCGAGCUGGCCCAGAAUCCAAGACACCGCAAAGGGCCGGAUGUGUGUUUCGACAACAAUGAAAAC